AUGACUGUGUCGCACCAGUGCGUCCGCAUCUCGCUCUUUCAAUGCACACCGCUCUCUGACACCAACUUCUACCAAGCCUAUCGUACAUCGCAGGCAGACGGGAGGUUUGCGGCCAAGCAGCCUUUGCUUCGCAGCCGCGCGGCCGACUACCGCGGUGAUGUGCUGAUCCCCUUGGCGUCCAUUUCCUCGUCGCCUCAGCAGUCACUGAACAGCGAGGCAACGAGCGUGACGCUUCACCAGCUUCGUAUCGGGCUGGAGGCGCGUUUAUCGAACUACUGUGUUCUGCAUGUGCCGGCUGCUCGCACACGGUCCUUUGUAGAGGAACACCGGCUCACACCGUCGCACGUGUCCCUGUCGCCGGCUGCUGCCGAGUCGUGCGCCCCAAAGGACGUGCCACUGCUCUCGCGCGCCAACGAGGGGCAGAACGGAAACACUUGCGAAGGGCCGCUGUCGUGCCUCUCCGACAGGGUGCAGUUCCUCUGCUGUGCUAGCUGCUCUUCCUCCGUGGUCGCAGAAGCAGCGGCGGUUUCACGCAAAGUCCCCACUGUUCGAAGCGCCCCACCUGGACUGCCUCCAGGUGCAUCUGACGGAACCCCUAACGCACCCUGGAUUCGCAUUAACCAGCUGCAACGCAUGGGGAUUCGCAGCAGUGACGCGACUCUGCAGACGCCAUUGCCACCGGUAUCCAUUCCGCCUCCAGCGAGUCAUGCACCCAUGCGGACUGUGGAAGAGUGGAUGCUGCAGCAGCACGAUUCAAUGGAUGUAUUUCUCACGUCUGCCGAGGCCGCGUCGGCUGGUGCCGUAGAUGCAGAGAGUGACAGCACAGGAGGUGUAGUGGAGGGAGGCGCGUGUUACGCAGCCUUUUUCAGUCUAACGAUGCUUCCUGCAGCUGAACGGGCAAAGAAGCUCAUGCUGAGUCUUGCUCAAUCCCCGGAGCCGGCAGCCACAACGUCAGCGCCGCAGUCUCUGGCUGCCUUUACAGUGCGCGCACACCACCACACUCUUCGCAUGGGCUUACCACCACCGACGUCGGCCGGCAAGGAUGACGCAUCCAAGACACUACUGAACCCACCGACCCUGCGCGAGGUCAUCAUCGACCGUUUGCGCUUGCAGCGCGGUGUUCACGUCAAGCGCCUCCUUGAUCCUAUGUCAGGGGCGGCAGUGCUCCCCUGCGAGAGUGCAGCAACGCUGCUAGCUGCACAGAUUGUGGGACUCGAGGCUGAAUGUAGCGCUCCGCCGGCUGCGCACAGUAAGCAGGAGGAUGAAGUCACGCAGCGACUAGCCCCUCGAUCGCUGUUGGAGGCGCCGCAACAGUCGUCUUCUGCAUCCACCAGGCCCAGAGCCAGUGGGCCACGAGCAGAGACUGCAUCCGACCUCUUCAACCAUCUUGUCGGCCUUCGCGCGCAUUACCAUGCUGAUAACUACUACUACGAUGGCGCUGAUGCCUCUGGCUGGGCAGAGAAGCGUACGCUUAUCUCGAUGAGCGAGCUUCCCAGCGAGUCAGAACUACGGCUAACCUUCCCGGCGAGUUUAGGCUCCAGUCAGACGCCGUUGUACUCCUCUACGCGACUGUCGACUGCUUCAUCCGGUGCUGCUUCGUCUUUGGUGUUGUCUUCGACAGAGAACAGCAGCUCUCUCCCCAUACCGUUCCUCCAGGAGGAUGCCCUACGCGCUGUGAUACCAGGGCCAUCUGAUAGUGUAGGGUUCACGGGCAAUUCAGCAAGAAUGGAACCUCACACAAGCACGGAAACGAGUGUUGAUGUCCAAGAGCAAUAUGGAAGCCGAGCCGGGAAGGUUCCUAGUGACCAGAGCGGCUCUUCAACUUUUCUCCCCCUCCUCAAUGUGGAGGCAGAGACGGCGCCGCUGUCGCCUGUGGAGGAAAAACUCGAGGGGAUGCGCGACUCCUUGUGCGACAUGAACGAUGUGUUAUCUACGAGGACGAGGAGACGGUCAUGGGUGUUGAUUUCCCAGCAACGGGGGUCGCAUAAA